AUGACUUCCAAGGAGAUCGAACCACAGUCAUACCCGGAGAAGGGGCCUGGUCCACUUGAGGAGGGUGCAUAUGACCUGCCACCGCUUGAAGAUAGGACCAAGGGUCGCUGGGAGCGCAGCUGGCCUACUAUCGCUUGCGGUGCCGGUCUGUUCUCUGAUGGUUAUCUCAAUGGCGUCAUUGGCCAAGUCAACACGAUUCUAGACUUCCUCUAUCCGACUGUCUACGCCAGCUCUACGGCCAGUCAGAACGUCUCAUCGAUCGCCUUUGUCGGAACGGUGGUCGGAAUGCUGAUCUUUGGCUACACGAGUGACCAUUGGUCGCGAAAGUGGUCCCUGAUGAUUUCGACCAUCAUCCUAUUCGUUUUCGCAGCUCUCUGCGCAGGUUCCUAUGGUUACCAUGACAGCACCUACGGGAUGUUCGCAGCACUCACUGCUUAUCGGUUUUUCAUCGGAAUCGGCAUUGGUGGUGAAUAUCCUGCCGGCUCGGUCGCCUGUGCAGAGAAUACCGGCGAGCUCAAGGAGGGCCACCGCAACCGGUGGUUCAUCAUGUUCACUAACUUCCAGAUCGACUUUGGUUUCGUAGUGUCGGCUUUGGUGCCCAUGAUUGUGUGUCUUAUCUGCACUCAAGAUCAUCUGCGAGCGGCCUGGCGUAUCUGCUUGGGCUUGGGUAUCAUUCCUCCCUUGAGUCUGGUCUACCUACGAUACAAGAUGAAGGAACCAGAGGAGUUUAACCGACAGCGUAUGCGCGUCUUUCCACUAAGACUGAUCUUCAAGUUCUACUGGAAGCGCCUGUUUAUCGUCUCUUUGAUCUGGUUUAUCUAUGACUUUUCCUCGUACUCCUUCGGUCUGUACUCCUCGAAAUUCCUCGCACUGAUUCUACCCGCGGAUGCACCGCUCUGGAAGACUUUCGGCUGGACCACUUUGAUCUACCUUUUCUACAUCCCCGGUUCCAGCCUCGGAGCCUUUUGUAGUGACUGGAUCGGCCCUCGCCAGACUUUGGCCAUAGGCGUCGCUCUUCAGGGAGUGGUUGGAUUCAUCAUGUCCGGAUGCUACGAAUGGCUUGCCACCCAGGAGUAUAUGGGCGCUUUUAUCGUGGUUUACGGUGUCUUUCUGGCUCUGGGCGAAUUUGGCCCUGGUGACAACAUUGGCCUUGUCGCAGCCAAGACUAGCGCUACCGCCAUUCGGGGACAGUACUAUUCAUAUGCCGCGGCCAUUGGAAAGAUCGGUGCUUUUGUGGGCACGUAUGUCCUUCCUAUUGCCGCAGAUAAUGCCCCAAACAAGGUUCGGGCUGGCCAAGAUCCUUUCUUCAUCUCCAGCUCUCUCUGCAUCUUCAGUGCUUUCCUGGCUUGGUUCCUUCUCCCCCAAAUCAACCAGGACACCAUCACCCACGAAGAUGACAGGUUUCGCGAGUUUCUGGCCUCAGAGGGCUACGACACGUCGACUCUGGGUAAGUAA